AUGGUUCUCAACGUCUUUUUCCAUUCAUCCUCAUCACCACCAUCAUCACCAUCAUUAUCGACAUCAUCAUCUACGGAAACCAGGGCUGUAGAAGAAUCCAUGGAAGUCGAUUCAUGCAGUCCAUUGUCGGCAAGUAAAUCAUCUGUGGAGGCAUUGGAGAAUGUGGUUGCUGAUGGUUCUGAUUCAUUGGAUCGAUGUAUGAUCUGUUUGGAGAAGUUUCAUGUUGGAAUAGAAGUGGUCACUCGAAUGCCAUGCUUUCAUGUGUAUCAUGGAAAUUGCAUAGUUCGUUGGCUACAAACAAGUCACUUCUGUCCAAUUUGUCGCUUCCAAAUGCCGACAGAUUGA